UCGUCCCUGCCCUCCAUCGCCGCCAUCGGCGUCAUUGCCAUCUUCGUCGUCGCCAUCUGCACGUCGCCAUCUGCAUCCGCUGUUCGCCAUGGACGUUCUCCGAGUCUCAGUCGCCUCGACCCGCCAGUCGCAUCACCCGCCGAACUGCACCCACCAUCGGGCCAGCGAAACCUCGUCACCGAGCCCAGCGAGCUCGCCCACCCACUCGGUGCUGCAGACCCCUGCGUCCAUGUCGGCACAAUCCGUGGACAUGCUGCCCACUGCCUCGCUCGACGGGGGCUCGCUGCGGUCCUCGAUCGAGCACUCUGGCCGCUUCGAGUCCGCCACCGCUAUCCCUGGCCAGUCCAGUACUGCUGGACAAAAGGGCAAACUCGGAUUCUCCCUCCGAGGCAUUUUCGGCUUCUAAGCAGCAACGUCUGAGUGCUGCUACCUCCUCGCCCUCUCUUGGACAAAUACGAUGGGAUGCAUGCAUGAACGCGACACGGCAGUCUCGCUAUAGCCCGUAUCAUCAGCCACUCCAUGCCACCAAUGCCACCAAUGCCACCAAUGCCACCGAGCGAACAUGCUGUCUCCCACA